UUUUGGGUAUUUUCUAAAAUCAAUAAUUUUAUUUUUGUUUAUUUUCUUUAAAAUGUACAUUUCAUGAUGUUAAAACUGUUUAAAUAAUGUUUAUGUAUGUUAAAAAUUGAGUUAAGUAAAAUUUAGUUACACGAAAAAAAUGAUCCAAUCAGGAGUGAGGGUGAGAGGUCGAAAAGGGAGGAAGAGAGGAGAGAGGAGAGAACAUGAUGGAGAGACACGAGGGAAAAUCACGCUGUGACUGUCACGUUAGAAAUUGGUAAAACACCAAGUUAAUGCGUGUGAUAGUAAAUGUAUUUGUGGACUGCACAAAAAGUGCGUUACAGACAUUUUACUAAGUUUACAGUGUGAAAGUUAUUGAUUGGAAGAACUCGGUUAGAGUUUUCCACGAGGAGAAAGAGUGGACGACUAGUCAGCACGAUUCAGUUCUAAGGACUUUGCCAGCGAGUAGCCCGCUCGGUUGCCCUUUUGUGCAUCGUCUGAAGAAACACUUACCUCCAGAACGAGUCAUUGCUUUACUGUUGGACGACGUCUUCAGUCACCCGCAUCGUGAGCAUCGCGUUGCCGCCGCGUGAGUGACGACGCGCCUAUCAGCAACACGACAGCAGUGAGUUUUUUUUUCUGCGCCACGGCGCGAAGUGACCAUUGUGUUUAAGGUCUCCACGCUCCCAAGCAACGCGUCAGGCCUGCACCGUGUUUCCUUCUGACUGUUGGGGUAUUUAUUUUAUUUCAUUGAGUGGCCAUUUAGUCAUUUUUGCCGGCUUAGCUUUGAAUUUUGUUGAAUUGAAGUGUGUUUAACUUGAAUGUGCACUGUUGAUAUUUGAACUGUAUAUAUGUACAUACUAUAUUUUUCCAGUAAAUAGUUCAAACAAAUUAAUGCUGAAUAUUUACAUUACAUUGGGUUUGUGGUAUUGGUCAUUUUGAUACUUAAAGCAAGACAAUAUUGAGUUUACAGUAGAUUGGUUUAAAGUGAAAGUGUUAAAUCAUUACUGAUUAAGAUAAGUGACCAGUAUAUUGUUGUUUAUUGCACUUAAAGUAUUGAAAGCCAUCUAAAAACCAGUGUUCUAGUAAUGUAAUUAUAACAGUUUGUUUAUUUAACCCAUUCUUGAGAUAGUUGCAUACAAUUAGUGUUUUACUGUUUAAGUAUAAAGACACUGUUAGGCCAUUUUGCCUUAAGAUAAACACUGAAAUUAAGGUAAACGGUUACAAAUAGGUUAUCAUUUUGAAAUUACAUUUAGUGCAUUAAUUAACUAAGAGAAGGAUUUUCUUUUCAAUAAACAGGAAUUCGGGGAGCGCACUCCACAUUAAUAGCUAGACACGCUAGGGGGCGCUACAUAAAUGGGGGCUCGUCCGGGAUUGGGUUAAUUAAUGCAAUUAACUAGUUUGUAAUUUGACGUGAAUUGUGGUAGUUGUUAAAAAGUUGCUAGUUGCAUAAAGGAAUUAAGUCUUGGGGUACUGAGAAGCUAAAAAAAAAAUGCUAAUUUAAGUUAAUGUCUGUUAAAAAUUAGCUUGUAAUUUGUUAUUAGCUUCUUUAAGAAAAGUAAGUCAAAUAGUUUAAGCUAAAAAUCUCAAAGAAAAUGGAGACUAAGUGUAGCACUGCAGACUUAGUUAAAGAGCUCAAAGACUGGUGCAGAAGAGAAGAGUUAGAUGAUGCCCAUUCCCUCAUGGUACUUAUUCCAGAAGACGUGGCGAAUGCACAGAUUGAAGAAGCCCUCGGCACUAUCAAAGCCUUAGGGCGAGUUCGAGUGAGAGGAAGGACAGUUAGUCUGAAGCUGGAGACCCACCGGGUGCUAUGCGAGUGUAAAGAGACAGUGGACCCCACCAAAGUCCCCCCUGAACUGUUGCCAGAGGGCAAAAUGAAAAAAUGGACGAUUAUUAUUGCAUCUGAAAGCCCUGAUUCUUCAAGCCCAGUGGAAGAACUUCCAGAGAGUGGCUCGGCAGAGUCUAUUAUUCGAGCGGUUGGUGAUUUGUUGACUAAGAUGGGAAAACCAUCAGGUGAUAACAGCAGUUACCGUCGUCUGAGAGUGUUCUCAGGUACCUUGCCAACUCCAGUCGGAGAAGAGUCCCUUGAGCAUUGGUUGGAACACGCACGCCUGAUGGUUGAGGAGAGCGAGUGUUCCGCUAAGGAGAAACGACGACGUAUCAUGGAAAGUCUGAAAGGUCCCGCGCUAGCCGUUGUGAAGGCCGUGCGGACUGCUGAUCCAGAGGUUAGUCCUGCUCUGUGCUUAGAAGCUAUUGAGAGUGCUUUCGGGUCUGCGGAGACAGGCGAAGACCUAUAUUUUGCCUUUAGAUUGCUACAGCAGCAGCCAAAGGAAAAGUUGUCUGACUUUCUUAGGCGUAUAGAGUUGUCGUUGACCAAGGUAGUUCGUCGCGGAGGCCUCCCUGCUGGCCGUGCUGACCGUGCUCGAGUGGAGCAGCUGCUGAGAGGGGCUAUUCACUCCGAUAUGAUGCUUGUCCAGCUCAAACUCAGGGAACGGAAGGAAAACCCUCCAUCAUUCUUGGAACUGCUGAGUGAGAUCAGAAGUGAAGAAGAGUAUGAGUCAUCAAGGACAAAACUGAACACCUCUGUCCAGCGAAUUCACACAAGCCCUGCUACAGACAAUAGACAGGAUGAGGUUGAACGUUUGAGAACCGAAAUUCAGGAACUCAGGUCAAUGUUCACUGCCAUGAGUACUUUGCCUAGCCAGGUUGUAGCAGAUAGCAAAGGACCUGUGUCCAUGACAAAAAUGACCACCCCAGAGACAGGUAGUGAUAGUGAAGUAGCUGUUUUGAGAAAGCAAGUGAAAAACCUCCAAAAACAAAUGACAGGUCAUAAGCUAAAAGUCUCUGAAUCCCCUACUUCAGUUCUUAGAGUAGAGCCAGCAAGACAAGCCCCUAGUGAUAAUAAAAAACAACCAUUUAAUGAUUCUGAAGGGAACUUUUGUUAUCGUUGUGGUGAAAACGGCCAUUACUCUGCCAAAUGCCAGAAUGCAGAGAAUCAAGCAAAAGUAAUUCGAAAGCUGAUACAUGCUCUAAAGAAAGCUAAACAGGGUGAUCCAUCUUCUCAAGCAUCAGAGGGUUCUCACACAGUGUGCUCCGCCAAGAAAAGUGAAGUAACCACCCUUGAAAGAGGCAUUCCUCCAGGACUAAUCGGGCCUUGUUCCGUCAUCCCAGUGAAGAUAAAUGGUCAGUGCUGCGAUGCACUUCUGGAUAGUGGCUCUCAAAUCACAAUUAUCUUCGAGCCCUGGUAUAAGCACCACUUACCUGAUGUCCCAAUCCAGCCAGUGUCAGGGUUGGCAAUAUGGGGUUUAAGCGAAACAAGUUACCCUUACCUGGGAUAUGUCGUAGUGGAGAUCGAAUUUCCAGAGAAGGUCACCGGUGCAAAGGAGACACUUUCCGUCCUUGCUCUGAUUUGCCCAAGUUCAAAAAGUCCUGAAAAGACCCCUGUGAUCCUAGGCACAAAUGCCAACCUGUUCCAGAGACUGUCCAUGCUCUGCCGGGAGACCACAGGAGUGGACAUUGCACAGACCCUUGGCAUAAAGGCAAAGAAUUCCAUUGUUCACACCGACCAACCUACCAUUGAGAAUGUAGAGGAUGAAGUUGCAUGUGUGAAGUGGAUGGGUCCCGGCUCACUUACCUUACCUCCUGGUGGUGAAUGCUGUGCCAUCUGUGAAGUGGAGUUGAAGAGCCCUCUGGGUAAAGACAUGUUGAUGGUUGAGGCAUCACCCACCGCUCCUUUACCAUCUGGAGUACUGUUGCAGCCUAUGGUCGUGCAUGGAACUGCAGUGGAUGAUCACCUCACUGUCCUUAUCCAGAAUGAGUCCAUGAAAGACACCGUCAUUCCAGUUGGAACUGUCCUAGGCCAGCUGUGUCACGUUGACCCAGUCAUUCCAUCUCUAAAAGUUGAAACUGAGGCAGUCACUGUACCCACAGAGUUAGACCCUCAACUGAUCCAGUUUGGCGACUCGCCCAUACCACCACAAUGGAAAGCACGACUCCGUCAGAAGUUAUGUGAGCGUGCAAAUGUAUUCUCAUUGCAUGAGUGGGAUGUUGGUCUGGCAAAGGAUGUGGAACACCAUAUCAGAAUGACCGAUGCAAAGCCAUUCAGAGAACGCUCAAGACGUUUAGCUCCAGCAGAUAUUGACGAUGUUCGUCAACACUUGCAAGAGUUGUUAAAGGCUGGUAUAAUUAAGGAGUCACGGAGCCAGUAUGCAUCACCGAUUGUGAUAGCCAGAAAGAAGACUGGGCGUAUCAGAAUGUGUGUUGACUAUAGGACCCUUAAUAGGCGUACAGUUCCAGACCAGUACACGACUCCUCGCAUAGACGAUGCGUUAGAUUGUUUGACUGGAAGCAAAUGGUUUUCUGUCCUCGAUUUACGUAGUGGCUACUACCAGAUCGCCAUGGCGGAGGAGGACAAAGAAAAAACCGCCUUCAUUUGCCCCCUCGGAUUCUUCCAAUUUGAAAGAAUGCCUCAAGGGAUAACAGGAGCGCCGGCAACGUUCCAAAGACUAAUGGAGAAAGCUGUCGGCGAUAUGAAUCUCCUUCAAGUAUUAGUUUAUUUGGAUGAUCUCAUAGUCUUUGGACGUUCCUUAGAAGAACAUGAAGAACGCCUCCUGCGAGUGUUAGAUAGGCUUGAAGAGGUAGGCCUAAAACUCUCCCUUGACAAGUGUCAAUUUUGUCAACCCAGGGUUAAGUACGUGGGCCACAUAGUGUCCGCUGAUGGGGUGGCUACUGACCCUGAGAAGCUAGAGGCUGUUGCUAGGUGGCCUAUGCCCACAGACCUUAAGUCUUUGCGGUCUUUUCUAGGGUUCUGUGGGUAUUAUCGACGCUUUAUAGCAAACUACUCUGUGAUUGUUAGGCCCCUCACUGAACUGACAAAAGGCUAUGCACCCACCCAGCGUGGAAGGAAGAAAUCCACUGACAAGACCCAGAUGUAUUAUAAAGACUCAGAACCAUUCAGUGACCGAUGGGAUCAGUCCUGCACGGAUGCAUUCAAUCGUAUCAUUCAGUGUCUGCUCAAUGCACCUGUACUGGCGUUUGCUGAUGCCAAUAAGCCAUAUAUUCUACACACUGAUGCAAGUUUCAAAGGGCUCGGUGCCGUACUUUAUCAGGAACAUCCAGAAGGGUUAAGACCCGUGGCGUUUGCCAGCAGAAAGUUGAGCUCCUCUGAACAGCGGUACCCUGUACAUCAGCUAGAGUUCCUUGCACUGAAAUGGGCGGUCGUUGAUAAAUUUCACGACUAUCUCUAUGGAGCCAAGUUCACUGUACGCACCGACAAUAACCCGUUGACUUACGUACUCACCACGGCCAAACUCAACGCGACGGGUCAUCGUUGGCUUGCAGCCCUGGCCACUUAUGACUUCGAAGUAAAAUAUAGGCCUGGAAAAGCAAACAUCGACGCUGACUUGCUGUCUCGCAACUUGCCUGAAGAUGGGGAGUGGGAUAGCUUGUCUCCAAAUGUAGUGAAGUCCAUAUGUCAGAGGGUGGAAGUGGAAGUGAAUCCAAACUCGUCGCCAAGAUAUGUGGAACAAUUAGGAGCUUCGCCAGCCUGUAUUCCAGAAGUGUAUGCCUUUCCAUCUCAGUUACACCUCAGUUCAUUGGAGCAAUUAUCAAAAGCAGACUUGAUAACUGCCCAGAAGAGGGAUGCUGUAAUCAGACAAGUGCUGGAGGCAUUGAAACAGGGAGUCUGGCCUAGCAACAAAGAUUUAGACCAAGAGAUGCUACUGAUGAAAAGAGAGGUUGGCAGACUUGUGAUUAGAGAUGGACUUCUGUACAGAGUAAGCAAGAAAGAUACAGAGGAGGCACUACAGCUUGUGCUGCCGGCUGAGUUCAGAGAAGUAGUGUUGCGCUCUCUUCAUGAUGACAUGGGCCACCUAGGGGUGGAGAGGGUGACUCAACUCCUAAGAGCAAGAUUCUACUGGCCCAAAAUGGCUCAUGAUACUGAGGAGUAUGUGCGGAAUUGUGGACUGUGCAUCACUUGCAAAACUCCUGCCAAGAAAGCCGCCUCUCUACACCAAAUCACCAGCAGUGGUCCUAUGGACCUUGUGUGUAUUGAUUUUUUGUCAAUGGAGCCCGAUUCCAGGGGCAUUAGUAAUGUCCUGGUUGUGACAGAUCAUUAUACCAGAUAUGCACAGGCCUUCCCUGCAACGAAUCAGAAAGCCCUGACAGUAGCUAAGAUCUUAGUUGAAAAGUACUUCAUUCACUAUGGCUUACCUGUUAGGAUUCAUUCUGAUCAGGGAAGAGAUUUUGAGUCAAGGCUGAUAAGAGAACUGCUGACCAUCUUGGGCAUACGAAAAUCACGAACAACCCCGUAUCACCCUCAAGGGGACCCUCAGCCAGAGCGGUUCAACCGCACGCUUCUGUCUAUGCUGGCUACGUUAGGCCAAGAGAAGAAGAGAUCCUGGAGUCAGCAUGUAGCUUCAUUAGUGCAUGCCUACAACAGCACAAAAAGUGAUGCAACAGGAUACUCUCCUUACUACUUAAUGUUCGGUAGGGAAGCUAGACUACCUGUAGACCUGUGCUUUGAAACGUCAAAAGAUGGAACUGAGGAGAGGAACCACUUCCAGUACGUUAAAAGUCUUAAACAAGACCUGCAAAGAGCAUAUCAAUUGGCUAGUCAAGCUGCUGACAAGAUUCACUUGAGGAACAAGAGAGCCUAUUAUCAAAAGGUCAGUUUUCAGAACAUACAGGAAGGAGACCGUGUUCUGCUGAAGAAUCUAGGUCUUAGAGGGAAACACAAGCUAGACAGUCGAUGGAGUUCCAUACCCCAUGUAGUGGUAGGAAGGAUGCCGAACUUACCUGUAUUCCGUGUGAGACCUGAAGGAGGCAGAGGCGGAAUAAGAACCAUCCAUCGUGAUCACAUAUUACCUAUUGGGCAAUCUGUCAGGAUCCCAGUGGAGCAAGCCUGUGAAGAAACCCCUGUGAGACGCAAAACACGUUCAAUUCGAACAAGACAAAGACAAUCAAUCUUGAGGCAAAGAGAGGAAGUCUCAGAGAUGACGGAUUCCUCAUCUGAUGUGGAGUGUGACCAUACCAGUAUACCAUACCAGGAUUAUGUGGAACGUCUACUGAAGAGGAAAGAAGUGUCCAAAGACACUAUAGAACCAAAUCCUGUGCUGUCAGCUGAAGAGCUAGAGUCCAACAUAGAAGGUGAUGAAGGAGGUCAGGCAGUGACAGAGUCGGAUCUUUAUGAUUCCGGAACAGACCUGGAUGCUGGAAGAAAUUCUGUCCACGCACCUAAAGAAAAACUGAGCUCUAAAACAAAAGUUAAUAGAGUAUCUAGACCAAAUUUAACUGAGAAAAGACAAAUAAAACCAGUAUUGAGACUUACCUAUGAUGAGCCUGGAAAGGCAAGUGAGCAACCACUUACCAUUGUUCAUAGAGGAGUAAUUAUUAAACUAGGGAAACAUUAGGUUUCCACUUAAUUCAUAAUAAGGAGUUCAUAGUUCUAAAAAAAAAAAAGAAAAAAGUUUAUUACUCUACAUAGUUGAAUGUGGGGAUUAUGUUUUAUGUCUAAUGAGGACAUUUAGACAUUUAGAAAGGGGAGGAUGUAGCCCUGGUGGAAUUUUGGGUAUUUUCUAAAAUCAAUAAUUUUAUUUUUGUUUAUUUUCUUUAAAAUGUACAUUUCAUGAUGUUAAAACUGUUUAAAUAAUGUUUAUGUAUGUUAAAAAUUGAGUUAAGUAAAAUUUAGUUACACGAAAAAAAUGAUCCAAUCAGGAGUGAGGGUGAGAGGUCGAAAAGGCAGGAAGGGAGGAGAGAGGAGAGAACAUGAUGGAGAGACACGAGGGAAAAUCACGCUGUGACUGUCACGUUAGAAAUUGGUAAAACACCAAGUUAAUGCGUGUGAUAGUAGAUGUAUUUGUGGACUGCACAAAAAGUGAGUUACAGACAUUUUACUAAGUUUACAGUGUGAAAGUUAUUGAUUGGAAGAACUCGGUUAGAGUUUUCCACGAGGAGAAAGAGUGGACGACUAGUCAGCACGAUUCAGUUCUAAGGACUUUGCCAGCGAGUAGCCCGCUCGGUUGCCCUUUUGUGCAUCGUCUGAAGAAACACUUACCUCCAGAACGAGUCAUUGCUUUACUGUUGGACGACGUCUUCAGUCACCCGCAUCGUGAGCAUCGCGUUGCCGCCGCGUGAGUGACGACGCGCCUAUCAGCAACACGACAGCAGUGAGUUUUUUUUUUCUGCGCCACGGCGCGAAGUGACCAUUGUGUUUAAGGUCUCCACGCUCCCAAGCAACGCGUCAGGCCUGCACCGUGUUUCCUUCUGACUGUUGGGGUAUUUAUUUUAUUUCAUUGAGUGGCCAUUUAGUCAUUUUUGCCGGCUUAGCUUUGAAUUUUGUUGAAUUGAAGUGUGUUUAACUUGAAUGUGCACUGUUGAUAUUUGAACUGUAUAUAUGUACAUACUAUAUUUUUCCAGUAAAUAGUUCAAACAAA